CUUUUUUUCUUGUUGUAAUUUAUAUUUUGUAAUUAAAAAUUAUUGAAUAAAUAUAGAUAUUAUUUAGCUAAGAACUUUUAAAUUUUGCUAUGUAUAAUUUGUAAAAUAUGUAAAAGGAACUUUACAAAUUUGCUAUGUUAUAUGUUCUCAUUUUAAUUAAAUAACUAUUUUAUAUUUUAUUUUGCUUGAAUGGAUUAUUAUUGUCUAUCUGCUUUUACAAAUAUCACAAAUGCAUAGAUACAUUGUUAAUAUCUGAUAUUUUUAUAAGAAACCUGUUUCUUCUUUUUCAGACCUCUCACAAUGGUACUGAUCUUGUUGAUGAUACCUAUAAUCGGAUUUGUGGCAGCAAAUCCUUUUUCAAACACAUUAGACAGCCGUUUAGUCCCUCAAGUUCAAAAAGCACUUUCGCUUUCCACGGAGAACCGUUUGGACGACAGUCUGGAUAAAAUAAGUGAAACGACAAAAGAUUUGAAUGGGACUUUCUCAAGACAUAUAAUGCAUCAUCUCAAAGCUUCCGCAUCGCAGACACACGAGAAUGAAAUACAUGAGAAAAGGGCACAAGGGCGAAAGCAUAAGGCUAUAUUUUUAGAUUAUCCUUUGUUAUCAAGUAUUUUGCAUUAUCCGAGGGUACCCACGUAUGAAAUCGAUUACAACGGCAAUUCGGAGUCACCGGCGAAGGAGAGUAGAUCAUCAGACGCGCCUAAGAAAUAUCUUCAUGAGAGCGAUAUUUUCUACAUCCGACUUCCGCCCAUUCCGUAUAUGUUCGUACCCGGCCUCGGCUACGUCUCGCAACCACCUACGUACUCGAGCGCUUCCCUGAAGCCCCAAAUACCCCUCGUACCUCAAGUAGUCCAGCUGCACCACGUGAGACCCGUGCGACCUCAACCGGCCUCUCAGCAGACCGUUAAUCCCUUCAUCAAAUUGCCUGUAGACUUCAUAAGCAACGGCAAGCCCACCUCCGUUUACCAAUGGCAGAAGAAGCCUGGCAAGAAGCCAACCGACAGUCCAAUCAUGAACUUGGACAACCUGUCAGCCGACUUCGUGAACAACGGUAAGCCGACCUCUAUUUAUCAGUGGCAGGCGAAUCUCAGGCCGGUAAAGAGGCCGGAUGAUGCGCUUAAUAACCUUGAUAUGGGUCCUUAUACCUUCAAUGGCAAACUGACUAGCGUGUACUUGCUUGAAUCGGAUGAUUCCACCUCGAUGCAUCAGUCCAUUCGACAUUCCAAUUACUGAAACGCGCUGACUAAAUUUACUCAAUGUCACGUCGAAUAUUUAAAGUUGGAAACAGUCACUCUAGAAGAGAUUUGUAUUGUCACUAAGAUGGACAUAACGCGAGUGACAAGUAUUCUGCAAAUUAGUAAAUUAGUAAAUUGCAGUUUUUAAUUCUCCUUGGUUGUAACUCUUCUUUUGGCAGGAGCAGUAAAUGAAUCUGAUAGUGGUAAUCAUGUUUAUGAUAGUAUAUUUUAUAAAAUGUGUAUAUGAUAUAAUUUUAGAAAAUAUUAAUUUAAUGUUAUAUUUUUAAAUUUUAUAUUUAUUAUAUAUUUUUUUAAUAUAUAAAUUUUCGUGUUUUUCGUGUGUAUGGCAGUUAAAUUAUUUUAAAGUGUGCAAAAGAUUGUAUUAUUUAAAGCUGUUGUCUUAAUUUAUGUAUAUUAAUAAAUAUUUAUAUUUAUUGUUUGAUACGAUACUCACAUGAGUUUGUAAAUAUGUGAAAUAUAUGUAAAAAUAAUU